UGCUGCAUUGGGUUUUGAUUUGGUAUGCCUUGUUUAAUCCAUACUGGAUUGUCCCAAUAACACCUGUAAUAGAGGGGAUUGAUCCCUUAUUAGUGGCUAAUGUCAUUAGCCACUAUUAUCAGUGUGUAUUGGGAUAAAGGGAAUUAAUUCAAAUCAGUGUGGAAUGGGGAAAUUUCUAGUAGUGGAAGUCCAGUUCUUGUAAUCACCGAAAAUACUCACCCAAUUGAGUCACCGACAUUAUGAACUACUCCAGCUCUGUGAACAGCCUCAAAUGAAAAGGCAUUGGAACAAACUCGUAAAAGAGUCAUCGUAACAAAGAAAAUCACUAUGAUACUUCUGAAAGCCAUGACGGAACAACAAAAGUAGUAGGAAUACAAAUCAAGUAGAAAUGACCAAAGAGAGAUCGAUGCACAACUAAGAAUUUGAAUGAAAAAGUUUGUGGCCACUCGCGCAUAUAUAUUGUGCGUGACUUUUAGCCGACAUAUAUAGGAACUGGAAAGGUUUCCAAUUCAAUAGCAUUUUAGAAAUAGACUUUGUUCCUUGUAGGAUAUGCAAAACCAAAUAAGAGGAGGAUUACAAAUUCUACAAGCAGAAAUUUAAUUAAAAUUGAAAACCAGCGGGACACGUCAACAAUGGCCUCACUCCUCUCUCAAAACUCAUAAGCUUCUCCUUGCUCCCCUGGCCUUCCCCCUCUCCGUCUUACCUUAGGAAACGGACUUCACCAUUUGCUUCCUGCUGACACAUGUCCUCUACACUGGCAUGUGUCCUCUCUCAUUGCUCUAUUUUUCUCCCGGACACCGAAGCAGAGCAAGUUGGAUUGAAGAAAUUGGAAACCCUACAUUUUCUGCUGCUUCCGCCAUGUGUUAGUCCCCAACUGAACUUCUCCCUAGCCUCUCAUACGUUUUCUUUUACGAUUCAAUUCUCACCUACUUUUUCGCUUUCACUCACUCACAGAUUUAGGGAUUAGUUCACUCUUUCUGAGCUAGGGUUUGUUUAUUGUGGUAAUGUGCAUAAAUGGAAGAGACGGGUGUGGUAAAGGAAGAGAACCGUUCUUAUCUUGCUGUUCGUCUUUUAAGAGUGACGGUGGUGGUUUUCACUUGAUCUCUGUUCAUCCCGAUGAGCUCAGAUUUCCAUUUGAACUGAAAAAGGAAAGCUUUUGUGAUCUAAAAGUUGUCAAUAAUACAGAACACCAUGUAGCUUUCAAGGUUAAAACCAGUGCACCUAUGAAGUUCUUUGUACGGCCCAACAUGGGGGUUAUAAAGGCUCAGGACUCAUGUAUCAUCAGAGUCAACCUCCGUGGCCAACGAAAAUAUCCUCCAAAUAUGGAGUGCAAAGAUAAGUUUCUCCUACAGAGCACAAUAGUGCCUCCAAAUUCUGAUUUUGAUGAGCUUCCAAAAUAUACCUUCACCGAGGGAAUCGGAAGGACAAUAGAGGAAUGCAAGUUUAGGGUUGUGUAUAUCUAUCCGGGUGCAGUUCACCUACAGAAUUCUUUGCAGCGCUUGAAGGAAGAAAGAGAUUCAGCUGUUAAACAAACACAGAUACUUCAAGAGGAACUGGAUAUCCUGAAGAGGCAAAGAUCUCGGAAAGGGUUUGGACAAAGAUUCAGAUCUUGGUGGUCGUCCAUCAUGAGUGGCGGUUGUGGUAAUCAUAUGAUCUGUGUUCAUCCCAAUGAGCUCAAUUAAGUACCGGAAAUGUAGUCACUUAUACACUCGAUCGGUAUCAAAUCCAAGGAUAUACGGAAGAUGCCAAGCUUUGAGAGUCAAAGGUGACCCGGCCCGGGCUUAAUUUCUACUCACCCUUAAUUUGGAAUCAUUAUAUAUUUGCAUAUCGAUCUCUCUUUCCCCAAGUUCAAGUUUCAAGAGAAUAAGGUUCAGUCAUGCAUGAUGAAUUUGAAAGAAGUACGUUAAUUGUAGUGCUAGCUAGCAGGUCGAGAGUGAUUGCAACAGUGUAUUGAAUUUCUGAAUAGACCCUCGAGAUCAAAUCAAUUAUAGCAUCAUGACCAUAUCACGCACACUGGCUCAAUGGCAUAUAUAACAUUUUGCUCAUCUAAUUUUAGCUUUUCUAGCU